GUGAUUUCAAUCGCAGACACGAUAACACUUCCCACCGAACCGCUGGUGCGGCCCAUAGUUGUGACCUUUGAGAGGACGACCAGUCGGUGACCACUCGUGUGAUGUAUAUAUUCAAAGAGGACGAAGAGGUGGUGGCCGUCGACCCCCGGGAACAGGCCUUUCAUAACGUGAUUCGAGAACACCUGAUAUUCUUCAUUCUACUCAUUAUACUGUACAGCAGUUCCUAUGCUAUUAUCGCCAGUUAUAGACGCCGUCGGGAAGAGUUAUUCAUCGACGAAGAGGACGGACUCGUGUAUCGUAUAUCCCUCUGGAUGUGCACCUUCUCGCUGGCCGUCUCUAUUGGAACCGCUCUUCUGCUGCCGUUCUCGAUCGUCACCAACGAAGUGAUUAUCUUAUAUCCGGACAGUUAUUACAUCCAAUGGCUGAACGACUCGCUGAUCCACAGUUUGUGGUCGUAUGUGUUUGUGUUCUCAAACAUAUCACUGUUUAUACUCUUGCCGUUCGCCUACUUCUUCACCGAAUCCGAGGGCUUCAGCGGUUCCCGCAAAGGCAUUAUGAACAGAGUGUACGAGACAUUCAUACUGUUGGCGCUGUUGUCGGUUCUGGUGCUGGGAAUCAUGUAUUUGGUGUGCGCUCUGACGGGCAUUACCGCCGAUGGCAUCGGCUCUAUCAGCCGACUGUUCACUCUCUGGCAUUACCUGCCAUUCCUCUACUCUUGUGUCUCGUUCUUCGGCGUUGUGCUACUCCUGGUCUGCACGCCGUUAGGAAUCGUCAAUCUGUUCACAGUGUUGGGCGAAGUGAUCACUAAACCACACGUUCUUCGCAAUACUCAGGAGGAAUACGAGGAGACAAAACUCGAAGAGCUGUGUCUCCGGCGACGCAUCGACUGCCAUAAGACAGACUCACAGCCAAAGUCGCCCUCGAAGUCGCGGUCGAUGCCGUCGUUGAGCGCACUCCUGGCCACCAAUGAUCAACACUACUCCUCUUCGGCCACAAAAUAUUCGCCGCUAAUAACGGCCACAGAAAACAACACAAACAGUACGACAACGAGCGGUGGCCUCACGUAUCGGCCCAAUCCUUCGGCCGCCUUCGAGUACAUCGACAGCCAGAAGAUUAUGAACCGCAAGAACAGUGGUUCCACUUUACACGACAUGGAGUUGUCGUUAACGCAAUUGGAAUCGUUUCGGAAGUCACUGGAGAAGAAGCUGCGCGUGGGUUGGCUCAGGCGUAACCUCGGCUACCCGUUGGCGAUGUUGGCGCUCAUGUGUCUGACAGCUGUGGCCGCUCUGAACGUCGUCCAGAAUACUCUGGAACUACUGGUGGGCAUCAAAGCCCUCCCACUCUCAACCACUCAACACUUUGUGCUGGGAAUCGCCUCUCUGUCCAAAAUGGGACCGAUCGGCGCCGGCGUCGAGAUUGUGCUCAUUCUGUACUUGUGGUGCGCCUCAGUUGUCGGCCUCUAUCGGGUCCCACUCAUCGGCAAAGAGUAA